ACUCGUUUACCUCCUGAGGUAAACCGUAUCCUACUGGUAAAGAAUUUACCGUACAACAUAUCGGCCGAGGAGAUGUAUGAUAUUUUCGGAAAGUAUGGGGCCAUCCGUCAGAUCCGUAUCGGCAAUACACCGGAAACGAAAGGCACCGCUCUCGUCAUUUAUGAAGAUAUUUUCGAGGCAAAGAAUGCUUGUGAUCAUCUGAGUGGGUUCAACGUUUGCAAUCGGUACUUGGUUGUGUUAUACUAUCAACGAAAUCGGGUGAGUGGUUUCUUCAGUGAGAUUCUCAUUGAUAUUUUGGUUUAG